AUGGGGUACAUGGUCACGCUCCCAUUCCGCGAUCCUGGUCACGUUGACCUGGGUCACUCGAGGGCUAUCGCUCUCGCUCAGUUCCUGAGAAACGAGAGCCGUUUAAAGAGGAACGACUCUCUGAAGGAACAAUAUGACUCCGUUAUUCGAGAGUAUCUGGAUUUGGGUCACAUGACUCAAGUCCCCCCAUCCAGUUCCGGCAACUACUAUUUGCCGCAUCACGCUGUUCUCAAGCCCGACAGCACCACAAAGCUCCGCGUUGUAUUCAACGCCUCCAGCCCGACUUCAAACGGGAAGAGUCUGAACGACAUCCUCCACACUGGGCCAAUCCUUCAAUCCGACCUGACCAUUCAAAUCCUGAAAUGGAGGUUUUUCAAGUUCGUCUUCAACGCUGACAUCACCAAGAUGUAUCGGCAAAUCCUUGUGGAUCCCAACCACACCCGGUUUCAAAGGUUGCUCUUCCGUACUCCAGACGAGAAGUUAUGCGACUUUGAACUCAACACAGUCACCUUUGGAGUGAACUGUGCUCCGUACCUGGCUAUCCGCGUUCUGCAUCAGCUUGCGAGUGAUGUUCGCGACCGGUACCCCCUUGCUAGUGACAUCAUCGCCAAUUAUAUGUACGUUGAUGACGUCCUAGCAGGAGCUCACACUAAGCAGGCUGCGGUGUCUGCUAUAGAUGAGCUUCGAACAGCGCUCGAGAGUGCUGGGUUUCCUUUGCGUAAGUGGACCUCGAACUCGAAAGAUGUUCUGAGAAGAAUCCCUAAGGAUCACUUGCUCUGUGCAGACUUCCUCGAGAUCGACGAAGCUAGUGUCGCAAAGACGCUAGGCAUUCGUUGGCGGGCCACGUCCGACGAGUUCUUUUUCGUCACCGCCGAGAUGGUGUCCAAACCAUCUUUCAGUAAGAGAGAAGUGCUGUCGCAGAUCGCCAAGUUGUUCGAUCCUGCAGGUUGGCUUGCUCCCGUGGUCAUUUGGGCCAAGAUUUUUAUGCAAGAAAUCUGGAAGCAAGAAAUCGGCUGGGACGACUCUUACCGGCGGAUCUCACAGAGCAGUGGACCAGUUUUCUGCGGAACUAUUCGUCCUUGCAGGACAUCCGCAUUCCGAGAUGGACCAACUACGCUCCCGGCGCAAAAAUCCAAUUCCACGGUUUUUUGCGACGCCUCUCAAAGCGCGUAUGGAGCCGCUCUUUACGCACGUGUGGAAACAGCGGGACAAGUGUCUCUGUGCGGAGCUCUCCUGUUGGCAGAAUUAUCCGCCGCCCUCCUACCACAUUUUCCCACCCCCGACGCUGAGACGUACCUGUGGACAGAUUCCACUAUCGUUCUGGCAUGGUUGGACAAGCAGCCAUGCAAGUGGACCACUUUCGUGGCGAACCGAGUGGCCAAGAUUCACUCGGUGAAUGGCACUUGGCAGCAUGUUCGUUCCGAACACAACCCAGCCGACCUGGCAAGCCGCGGUGUCUCGCCGCAAGAGCUACUGGCCAGUCGCCUCUGGUGGCAGGGGCCUGAAUGGCUGACGCACUCACCAGCGCAGUGGCCUUCACCGGUCAUUGGGCUCGAUACUGAAUUGGAGUGUCGAGCAGUGAAGGUCCAUGCAGCGCAAGUCCUAUGUGAGGACUUCCUCGACCGUUUCUUCAGGUUCGAUCGAGCGCUCCGAGUGUUUGCGUAUGCGCGAAGGUUUGCCCAGCGUUGCCGCCAACCCAAGGUCUCGUUUCCAGAGACGCUCAGCUCUCAAGAGCUUGCAGAAGCUCAAGAGAGGCUGAUUGUACAGGCUCAGAAUCGGGUAUACGCGAAAGAGUGUGCUUCCCUCCGGUCCCAUAAUCGUCUAAUCGGGUCAAGCGAUAUCCUAAGCUUCAAUCCGUUCCUUGACAAGCAAGGUGUCCUGCGUUCCUGUGGACGCGUAAGAGCGUCCACCUCCUUAUCCUACGACGAACGGCAUCCGAUAAUUCUCCCGUUCGGCUGCGUGUUCUCACGCCUCCUGGUUUCCUUCACGCAUCAAGUCUCCCUCCAUGGAGGCAACCAAUUGGUGAUGCGGCUGGUCCGAACCAAGUUCUGGAUUCCCAAGCUAAGGAACUUGGUGAAGACAGUGAUCAGUGCAUGCAAGACCUGUGUGAUUCAUCGCCGCAAGAUCCAGUCGCAGUUGAUGGGUGAUCUCCCUACCGCCCGGUCGACUUUUUCGCGACCUUUCACUAACUCCGGAGUAGACUUCGCCGGUCCCUUCGACGUCAAGAGCUACGUCGGACGGGGCUGCAAGAUUACGAAGGGUUACGUAUGUGUCUUCGUGUGCUUCAGCACGAAGGCAAUCCAUCUUGAGGCGACCACGGAUCUGACAGCGGAAAAGUUCUUGGAAGCUUUCUCCCGAUUCGUGGCACGGCGCGGGUGCCCUCUUCACAUGUACUCUGACAACGGGAAAACGUUCGUCGGAGCCUCCUCCAUUCUCUCCAAAGAAUUUGUGGAGAGCACCCGCAACCUGAUUGUCACCACUCACAGCCAUCAAGGUCUUGCAUGGCAUUUCAACCCACCUGGUGCCCCUCACAUGGGGGGUCUCUGGGAAGCGGGCGUCAAGAGUUUCAAGACGCAUUUCUACAAGACGGUUUCCUCCGUAAAACAUACGUUCGAUGAGCUUUCCACCCUCCUAUCUAAAAUUGAAGCGUGCCUCAAUUCGCGGCCUUUGACUCCUAUGUCAGAGGAUGUGAGCGACUUGGCGGCACUUACUCCCGGUCAUUUCCUGAUCGGGGGUCCGCUACUCUCCAUGGCGGAGCCAGAGUCCAGAGAGGAUGUGGAGUCCAUCCGCAACCGCUGGCAACGGCUCAAGGCUCUCCAUCAGCAUUUCUGUGUGCGAUGGAAGAGUGAAUAUUUGAAGGAAUUGCAUAAGCGGAAUAAGUGGCAGUCACCUUCACGCGAUCUCCAAAUCGGUGACAUGGUGGUCAUCAGAGAGGAGAAUAUACCACCUCAAGAAUGGCGCCUCGGGCGUGUGUUGACCGCUUGCCCAGGUGCUGAUGAAAGAGUCCGUGUGGUAGACAUCCAGACGUGUCGUGGCGUUUUCCGCCGACCAGUUGCAAAGCUGGUCCUCCUUCCUACGGGACGCGCGCUCUGA